AUGGAAACAAUAGGUCAAUAUAUCGAAAAUAAGGCAGACGGGGAUGCGGGCAUGAAGAUGGGGAUGCCAAGCGGGGACCCGAGUGGCUGCGAGAAGAGGGAGGGGAAGGGUGAGGGUGAAGACACAGAUAACUCCAAGAAUAGCAGCUCCUCGAUGAUGCUGGGCCUGCUGGAUGAGUUCACCAAGAUUUAUUCCGACCGUCUGCAGAGGGUAGAGGACACAGCCAUGAAGAAAGAAGGCAAGGAGUAUCUGGAGAACAAGGUGUCGGUGCUGGAGUCUUGGGUGCGCGACCUCGGGGAGCAGAACGCGGUGCUGGUGGCCACGGUGGAGGAGCUGGAGAGAGAGGCUGCCGAGAGAGUGGCACUGCUGGAAGACCGCCUUACCAAGAUGGCCGCCACCACACGUCAGUCUUGCGUCUCUCUGAGGGACCACCAGAUACAGGUGUCCUCGCUGGUGAGUGACAAGAUCAGCCUGGAGAAGGAGUCCAAGGAGCUGGACGACAAGAUCCACGCCCUGCAGAUGAAGAACUCGCGUCUCGUGGAGGAGAAUGGCGGACUGCACAGCGACAUCAACAAUCUAAUACAGGUGAUAACUCGCGCCAGGGGAACAGGACAUUGGGAGACGGAUGACCUCACCUUCUCAUUCAUCACUCCAGAACAGCUAUUUGGUCCUGUCCUUCCCACUUCCAGACAAUCUUCACCAUCUUUAAAAGAGAGCCAGCAUGAUUUCUUCCACCCACUCAUUGAAGAGCCUCUCAAGAAGGACCUUUCCUCAGCAGCCAGCUCCUUCUCAAACCUUCCCGAUGUGGAGGGCAGCACCUAUGGAGGGCAGAGCUCUGAGAAAGCACUGUUGAUCUUGAGACUGAGAGCAGACCUCCAGAACCUCCAAUCCCUGCACGAGGAUGCCACCACUCAGCUCCUGGAGAGAGACAAGCAAAUCGCAGAUUUACAGAGUCAGCUGACAGAGAUGAAGCGCAUGAUAGCAGGGAGACAGACGGAGAGUGGCAGCACAACACACACCUUGCAGGAACUCCACGGCUCCAAGAAACAUGACAGUGUUGAGACAAUUCGCAGAGAAGAAAUCAUCCGCAGCAUAUUAUUGAAAAAAUCUUCACUCAAAGAUGAACUCUCCAAAGACUCCUCUUCAUUAUUGCUGAAGUCUCACUCUUUUGCAGGAAGUCAUGAUGAGAGCCAGCUGAGUGAAAACAUUGAGGUGCUUGUGAGCAGACUGGCAGAGGUAGAGGAAGAGUGUCAACAACUGAAGGAGCAACAUAAAGCUCUCCAAGAUUCCCACAGCCUGUGUGCCCCAACCAUCAACACACUGAAGGAGCAACUCAACAGGUCCCAUCAGACACAAGUGGAGCUUCGCACAGUGCUAACAGCAGAGGUAGCCCAGCGACAUGACCAGAUAGUUGACCUCCAUGAUGAGCUUAAGGAGCAUGAGCAAAAGCAGCAUGAGACACGGAUGCAGCUGCACCUCAAGAAUGAAAUCAUAAGAGAACUCAGACGAGAGAUAAAGUCACUCAAGACAAACAGUGAGGUGUAUGACAAGGGUGAUCUAAUCCCAGCCAAAGAAGGUAAAACUCCCUGGGAGACCAAGUGUGCUGAGACACAAACUUCUGAGGUUCUUUUAAAUGGAAUUUCAUCUGAACAGCUGAGCAGAACCUCGAGUGGCUGUUACUCCAGUGUAUCACAGUCCUCACAGGUUUCAAAAUUGGAGAAUGAACUUGCAGAGAAAAGCAUACUCCUUCGAGAGCUUCAGAGCCACCUUGCAGCAUCUCGCCAGGAGCUGCAUCUUAAAGAUGAAACUCUGUACAAGCUGGAGCAGAAGCUGGACACAUCCCGCCGUGAUGGAGGUGAAAAGGGAGAGCGCAUGCAUUACUUGACCAGCCAACUGACAAAUCUGCAGCUGGAGGUUGGCAGAACACAUGGUCAGGCGGAGCAGCUGCGAAGACAGGUUGAGAAUAAGAAUGAGCUAAUUCAAAAGCUGGAGACGGAAAACUCUUCUAUGACUCGGCAACUCAACGACAAGUCUUCCACACUGGAGAGAUUCCAGAUGGAGCUCAUCAAAAUAUCAACCGAACUAGAUAAUAAGAAAAAAGAGGCCAGUGAGCAGAGGCUGACCAUCAGUGCCCUGCAGGAUGCUCUUGUGUCCAGCAAGAGGUCGUGUGACGAGCUGCGGUCUCGGCUAAGCAGUGACCAGCUGAUGGAGAGUGGAGCACGUGGUGAGGUGCUCAGGGAGGAGAACCGAGCACUGAGUCGCCGCCUGGCCAUGUUGGAGGAGAGCCAGGCACACACCUCACACCUCCACCUCUGGAAGACGGACCUGGCCACCAAGGACCGGGAGCAGCUCACCCGACAACUGCAGGAGGCAGAGAGGCAACGGCAGGACCUGGUCACCUCCCUUCAGCUGCUGCAGGGACAGGUACAAAGCCUUGAAGAGGAUGUGGCAGCAGCGACUGAAGGCCGAGCUGAGGCUGAGAGGAAGGCAGACGAGGCUUGGAGGAAAAGUCUUCAGCUGCAGGAACGACUUUCUGCCCAGGAGACAAGUGAGAGUGUAGAGCGGCUGGGGCGGCAGCUGGAGGAGACGGUGGCAGCUCUCACCACAGCCCGAGAGGAGACCCGCGUCAAGACAGAGCAGCUGCGGCGGGCACAGCUGGACAUGGAGCAGCUGAAUGAUGCCCUGGGAUAUGAGAAGGACCUCAAUGUCUCUCUGCAUGACCAGGUGGAGUCACUGGUGAAGGAGGUGGCAGCACAGGAGGACAAGGUGGAGGGGCUGAAGAAGGAGCUGCGACGACAAGCCAAGGACGCCUCACAGAUGGAGAAGAAGCUUUCAGGCAGUGAGGCGCAGGCAGAGGAGCUGCGGCGGCAAGUGGCUACGUUGGAGGGAUUACUGCAGGAGGAGCAGCGAGAGAUGGUGGCCCUGCAAGACUCCUUCACACAGGAGGCCAAACUACUAAAGGAUUCCCGUGCUAAGCUGGACCAGGCUAAGAAGGACGCUGCUCGAGGGGAAGAGAAGUGUGCUGGUCUCAAGACGGACCUUCAGGACGCCAAGGAGAAGAUAUCCCGCCUGGACAGUAGGAUUCGAGAAAUGGAGGGCGAGAGAGAGACAGAGGUGGCACUGGUGGCUGAGCGACUGACAGUGGCCCAUGAGGAUAGUGUGAGGCGCUUGGAGGAGUCCCUGGUGGCCUAUACCAGAGUACAUGACCAGGACCACUUCCAGGUGGAGGGGCUGGAGGAGUCCCUGGCAGAGGUGGGGUCACGGCUGGCAGAGGCAGAGAUGCAGCUCAAGGAGACACAGCAAGAGAGAGAUGUCCUGGGCCGCAGCUUGAGGCAGGAGCGAGUCGGACGGGAGGAGGAGGCCAAGGAACAUCAGAGACAAGUGUUCAGGCUGGCUGAGGAAAACUCUCUCUUGAAGGCCAGACUGGAGAGUGUACAGGAGGAGACAGCAGUGUGGCAGAAGCAGUGUGAAGACCUGGAACAGCGACAGGCACUUACUGGAGCUGCCUCGACCCCCACACCUAACAGCACACUCCUGACUCAGCUGGCCAGGACUCAACGACAGGUGGAGGAACUGAAGGAGGCAAUACGAGAGGCAGGGCAGGAGAAGAGGGCGGCAGAGGAGGAGAAGACCCACGCACACGAGCAGGUCCUCAGCCUCAUUCGGGAGUGUAAUGCCCUUGAGGAGCAGAUCCACCGCCUCACCAAGGAUAAGUGUCGGCUGGAGGAGCAAGUGUCGGGACGUGAAGCGGAUCUUACUAUGGCCAGGGACUCCACAAGGGCCCUCAAGGAAGACCUGGCCAUCAAGACAGAACACAUCACACACCUUGAGAAUGAACUCUGCAUGUUAAAGAAAGGCCUGGAUACCAGUGAGGGAGCAGAGGCAGGGCGCCGCGAGGCCAGUGAUGUCCGACGAUUGCUACUGGACCGAGAUACUCAGGCUAAGGUGACACAGCUCAAGCUCACCACUCUCCAGAGGUCACUCCAAGAAAAGCAAAGUGAGGUGACAGGGCUGGAGGAGCAGCUACAGGAGGCUCGCUCAGACACCGUCAAGAAGGAGGCAGAAGUGGGCCAGCUGAAGGCACAGGUGGCCAUGCUCAAGGCUCAACUCUCUCACACCCACACUCCCACCACCUCCGUCAAGCUGCAUCAGACAAGAUGGAAUCUCUGGAGGAGAAGGUGUCACAAAUGAGGGGCGAGCUGGCUGCCAAGGAGGAACACCUCAAGCAGGCAAGGGAAGGUGAGGUAAGAGAGGCUCGGCGAGCUGAGUGUCUGCAGCAGGAAGUGGCCAGACUCACAAGAGGGCGAGAGGAUGCUAUACGCCAGGCGA